AUGUCGGCCUUGUUGUCCCGGACUUAUUAUUGGCCAAAGAUGGAUGAGGAUGUGAGCUAUUUGAAGCCUUACCACGAAGACCGGGAGGACUCGGAAAGAAAUAAGUCAAAAAGAGCUCCCCAGGUGGUUCGGAAGCGGUUUGACGAUGGGAUUGUCAAGAUUACGGAUCAUCGUCGGCUGGAAGGUGCGGGAGUACCUCACUUCGAUUUCGACGAGGGCGUCGGACCUUUACGGGUGGGGGUGGUUUGUCACGGUCCUAGGCACGGGGUUGCGCCAAGGAUAGGCGUAGGCGCAAGUGUUGCGCGUGCCAAGGAUAGGCGCGGGCGCGAGUAUUACGCGCACCAAGGAUAG